AAAGGAGUCUAAACCGGAGUCUAACAAUGAGGCUAAUGAGGCCAAGUACCUGGCUGCAAUUGUUUUUCUAACUUUCACAUAUGUGCACUUUUUCCAUUCCUGUUUAUGUUUCCUCUCGCAGAUAUUACAAACCUCACAUUCACUCACAGCAUCACCGUAAUCUAUCCUCACUUAUAUAUCCCACCCGCUCCUCACACAUCCAACACCUUGUUGCAGGGGGCCUGUGUGCCAGUCAGCUACACGCAAGACUGAGUUCAUCUCUGGCUUUGCUACUGAGCAAUGCCUGGACUUCCUUGCUCUCACUGAGACUUGGAUACUACCCUCCAACACAGCCACCCCUGUGGCUCUCUCCUCCACCCACUCUUUCUCCCACACACCCAGAUCCACUGGAAGAGGUGGUGAGACAGGUCUGCUCAUCAACCCCAGCUGGACUUUCACUCUUUACCCACUGCCACACUUCUCUUCACAGUCAUUUGAAUGUCAUGCUGUAACUAUAACUCACCUAGUAAAACUAAUCAUUGUUCUCAUCUACCGUCCACCAGGCCCAUUGGGACACUUCUUGGAGGAACUGAUGUCCUCCUUUCAAACAUCGCAGAAAAUGGCCCACCACUUGUUCUUCUUGGCGACUUCAACAUCCAGUCAGAGAAGUCAUCCGAUCUACUUAUUUUAAUUUCCUCUCUUUCUCUCUCACUUGCUCCUUCUCCACCAACUCAAAAAGCUGGCAACCACCUUGACCUAAUUUUCACCAGAAACUGCUCCACCUCUAACCUCAAGGUAACUCUACUUCAUGUCUCUGGUCAUUUCUUCAUAUCCUACUCUCUCCCACUCUCCCAAUCUGAUGAUCUCAUCUCAUCAGAUAUUGCACUUGUCCGUCUUAACAUUCGAUCUCUCUCCCCCUCCUCUCUGUCCUCAACUGUUCUAUCAGCACUUCCUUCAGCUGACUCCUUCUCCCUCAUGCAUCCCUCUCUUGUUUACAUGUUGCACAACAUCCAAAGGAUACGACCUCUUCUAACCCAGAAGGCAGCACAGGUUCUGGCCCAGCCUCUUGUCAUCUCACGCUUGGACUACUGCAACUCCCUCCUGGCUGGUCUCCCUGCGUGUUCCAUAUGACCUCUGCAACUCAUCCAGAAUGCAGCAGCUCGACUGGUCUUCAACUUACCAAAAUUCUCCCACACUACACCGCUCCUCCACUCCCUUCACUGGCUUCCUAUAGCUGUUCGCAUCCGCUUCAAGACUCGAUCCAUGCUACAAACGGAUCCGGUCCAGCCUAUUUCACCAUUCAAGUGCCACAACUGCAACAACAAUCAACUUUCUACUGAGACAGACAAACCCAACUUAAAGGGUUUUUUCGAUCAGUUUGAUCAAACCUUAAUUAUUUUGGAAGAUUAUUUGUUCUUUAUUCAAUACAUAUUUGAUACUUGCUCUGCUUUCCUUUUCCAGAUCAACGCUGAGUUUAUGCGAAUUACAACAGUUCCCUUGGAGACAAAGUUCUUGGCGCAGUUGGACAAGCACAUGUCCAAACUGCUGGAUGUCAUCAGGAGCAAGGGAGGACGUGUGCAAGAACAGACCAAGAGGACCUUGCAGGUUUUAGAUGAGACUGUGGACAUCACAAUAAGAAGAGAGUGCAUCCUUAAAUCUUUGAUGAUCUACCUGGGUGAACCUGUUCAUCACCUCAUCAAAGAAUACCAGGAAAAUGAAGCUGACGAACUGGAGCAGGCAACGAUGGCUAUCGUUGUCAGUGGACAAGAGGACAUUAAAAUAGUCAUCGAUGGAAUAGAGGUCCUGAAAGAGGUGCCCACAACUGCUGCGGCUGUUGCAAUGUUCUUCGGGCUCACCUACGCACUCAAACUAAAAUAUCCGAAAAAUUUGCAGCACACCCUUGAAUUUGUGCAAAAAGUCCUGAUGGAGCUUGGUGGAAAAAAUAUGUCCCCAAAAGUUCAUAGGCUGAGCACCCUGCUUUACAACCCAGAGUAGGCAGAGUUGAAUUCAACUCACUCGCCUGAUUUUGUUUUCCCAUUGCUGAGAACAAUUUAUAAUGUUUCUACAACCAAGACUUUGUACCCUUUUGAGGUUGGUGUUCGGAGUUUGCACUUGCAUGACAGCAUUUCCACUGCAAUAUUGACAAAAGUUUCUGCCCAAGUUAUCACAGGCACGAGUGGGCAGUGUGCUGAAAACUGGAGAGUGACUGCAUUUGCACUGCAGUGUUUGCACAGAUUUUUGAAUGUCAGAUUUUUUAGCCCAAGAGAGGGCCAGGAGCUACCUCACAUGUUUGCAUUGAAUUAAGGAGAUUCACACAAAUCAUCUGACAACACUUUAUUUUAAGGAAUAAUACCUGUAUUACGUUCCAUUUUGAAAUAGGACAAUUUUCUGAUUUUGUUUUUAGGAGCAUUUUCUGUUACUAUUAGUAACUUAUUUUAGUCAGUAUUUAAUUUACAUUUUCAAGCGAACAAACUGCAUGUAUGGUACAUUUGGUUCUCGCUGAACAGAAACAGACAUUUCUUGGUUGCUCUUUGUAUUUGAGAAGGACUGUUCUAAAGGACUAUGUUUAACUAUUUU